AUGGGCACGAAGACGCUGGUAGUAUUGAUCCUGAUGGCCGCAGCCUGGGCGGAGGAGCAGAAUAAGGUGCUGCAUGGCGGACCGUGUGAGCAGACGUCUCACCCCUACCAAGCUGCCCUCUACACAUCAGACCACUUGCUCUGCGGAGGGGUUCUCAUUCACCCGCUGUGGGUCCUCACCGCUGCCCACUGCAAAAAGCCAAAUCUUCAGGUCUACCUGGGGAAACACAACCUUCAGCAAAGGGAGAGUUUCCAGGAGCAGAGCUCUGUUGUCCGGGCUGUGGUCCACCCUGGCUAUAAUGCUGCCACUCAUGACCAGGACAUCAUGCUGUUACGCCUGUCUCACCCAGCCAAAUUCUCUGAACGCAUUCAACCACUCCCCCUGGAGCAAGACUGCUCGGCCAACCACACCAGCUGCCACAUCCUAGGCUGGGGCAAGACAGCUGAUGGUGGAUUUCCUAACACCAUCCAGUGUGCAUACAUCCAUCUGGUGUCCCAUGAGGAGUGUGAGCGUGCCUACCCCAGCCAAAUCACCCGGAACAUGGUGUGUGCUGGGGAUGAAAAGUACGGGAAGGAUUCCUGCCAGGGUGAUUCCGGGGGCCCGCUGGUGUGUGGAGACCGUCUCCGAGGUCUUGUGUCAUGGGGAAAUGUCCCUUGUGGAUCCAAGGAGAAGCCAGGAGUCUACACUGAUGUCUGCAGAUAUGGCCACUGGAUCCGAAAAACCAUUCAGGCCAACUAA